CUGAGGCUAGUUACCACGUCAGUGAGCUGACAGGAAAGGUAGCCGGCUCCACCGCCCGUCCCGGCCGACUCAUCCCGGCCGGCUCUGCGGUCCCACCCUGACUUCGGCCUCAACUUCCAGGAACUGCGCCCCUUCCCUUCUCCCAUCUGCCAUCACAGCUGGAAGAGCCGCUCGGAGUCGUCUCCGGGGUCUGGGUUGGACAUGAACGGUGGCUGUCGGUCCUGGGACUAGGCCCCGCCAUUUUGGAUACGCUGACAGGUUAGCCAGGAUGGUGGACAGAAAUAUUUAUAUCAUUCAAGGGGAGAUUAACAUUGUGGUUGGGGCUAUCAAACGAAAUGCCCGAUGGAGCACCCACACCCCACUGGAUGAAGAACGAGAUCCCCUGCUGCAUAGUUUCAGUAAUCUAAAGGAAGUUUUAAACAAUAUAACAGAACUCUCAGAGAUUGAGCCCAAUGUGUUCCUUCGUCCAUUCCUGGAAGUGAUUCGCUCUGAAGAUACCACUGGCCCUAUCACUGGACUGGCGCUCACCUCUGUCAACAAGUUCCUGUCCUAUACGCUCAUAGAUCCCACUCAUGAGGGCACAGCGGAGGGCAUGGAGAAUAUGGCAGAUGCUGUCACCCACGCCCGUUUUGUGGGCACGGAUCCUGCCAGCGAUGAGGUUGUCCUGAUGAAAAUCCUUCAGGUUCUGCGAACUUUGUUGCUAACACCGGUGGGUGCCCACCUGACCAAUGAAUCUGUGUGUGAGAUUAUGCAGUCUUGCUUCCGGAUCUGCUUUGAAAUGAGGCUCAGUGAGUUAUUGAGAAAAUCCGCAGAGCACACUCUCGUAGACAUGGUGCAGCUGCUCUUCACAAGGUUACCUCAAUUUAAAGAAGAACCCAAGAACUAUGUGGGAACCAACAUGAAGAAGAUUUCUCCAUGUCUCCUCAACAAACUGGAACUAAGUAGUGAGGAGCAGCCCAAAGCCCUGAACCAGUUAGAGAGGGUACUACUCUUUAAGAACCUCAAGCUGAAAAUGAGAGCAGGAGGCAUGAGUGAUUCAUCCAAGUGGAAGAAGCAGAAGAGAUCUCCCCGGCCCCCACGCCAUAUGACUAAAGUCACACCAGGUUCAGAGCUGCCCACCCCCAAUGGAACCACCUUAUCCUCUAACCUCACUGGUGGCAUGCCCUUCAUUGAUGUGCCCAUUCCCAUCUCCUCUGCAAGUUCAGAAGCUGCCUCAGCAGUGGUCAGCCCCUCUACAGAUAGUGGCCUGGAGUUCUCCUCCCAGACCACCUCCAAGGAGGACCUCACUGACCUGGAGCAAGCUGCCUCUCCAGUGUACAGCACAGCACCAGAGCCUGGGAGCAGUGAGCUAGGGGUUCCUGAGCAGCCUGACCCCCAGCAGGAGGGGGCCCAGGUGGAAAAAGCCCAAUCAGCGUCUGUGGAAUCCAUCCCUGAAGUGUUAGAGGAAUGUACAUUCCCUGCUGACCAUUCAGACUCUGCCUCUGUCCAUGACAUGGAUUACGUCAAUCCCCGAGGUGUGCGCUUUACACAGUCCUCCCAGAAAGAAGGUACAGCUUUGGUCCCCUAUGGUCUUCCCUGCAUCCGCGAGCUCUUCCGCUUCCUCAUAUCUCUCACCAACCCACACGACCGCCAUAACGCAGAGGUUAUGAUCCACAUGGGACUGCAUUUGCUAACAGUGGCUCUUGAGUCAGCCCCUGUGGCCCAGUGCCAGAUCCUCUUGGGUCUCAUCAAGGAUGAAAUGUGCCGUCAUUUAUUCCAGCUACUCAGCGUAGAGCGGCUGAACCUGUAUGCUGCUUCCCUUCGGGUAUGCUUCCUACUCUUUGAGAGCAUGCGGGAGCAUCUCAAAUUCCAGUUGGAGAUGUAUAUCAAAAAGCUCAUGGAGAUCAUCACUGUGGAGAACCCCAAGAUGCCUUAUGAGAUGAAGGAGAUGGCACUGGAGGCCAUUGUGCAGCUCUGGCGCAUCCCCAGCUUUGUCACUGAACUCUACAUCAACUACGAUUGUGAUUACUACUGUUCGAACCUUUUUGAGGACCUCACCAAGCUGCUGUCCAAGAAUGCCUUCCCUGUCUCUGGUCAGCUCUAUACAACACACCUGCUGUCUCUUGAUGCCCUGUUGACGGUGAUUGACAGCACUGAGGCCCACUGCCAGGCCAAAGUCCUCAACAACCUCACCCAGCAGGAAAAGAAAGAGGCAGCCAGACCCAGCUAUGAGGCAGUGGAUGGUACCCAAGAAGUCAGCAAUACUGAGAGAGCAGCCAGUGAUGGGAAAGCUGUGAGCAUGGAUCCAGACAUCCCAGGCCUGCAUUUUCUGAGUGGAGGGCGGCUGCCGGCAGAACAUGAGAAGCCAGGAUGCAGUGAUCUGGAGGAAGCCAGUGACUCUGGGGCUGACAAAAAGUUUACCCGGAAACCACCUCGAUUUUCCUGCCUCCUGCCAGAUCCACGGGAACUGAUUGAAAUUAAAAACAAAAAGAAGCUACUGAUCACUGGCACAGAGCAGUUCAACCAGAAACCAAAGAAGGGGAUCCAGUUUCUGCAGGAGAAGGGUCUCCUCGUCAUCCCAAUGGACAACACAGAGGUAGCCCAGUGGCUCCGAGAGAACCCUCGGCUGGACAAGAAAAUGAUUGGGGAGUUUGUGAGUGACCGCAAAAACAUUGACCUGUUGGAGAGCUUUGUGAGCACCUUCAGCUUUCAGGGUCUGCGACUGGAUGAAGCUCUCCGUCUCUAUCUGGAAGCCUUCCGCUUGCCUGGGGAAGCACCAGUCAUCCAUAGGCUGCUGGAGGCAUUCACAGAGCAUUGGAGGAAUUGUAAUGGCUCCCCAUUUGCCAAUAGCGAUGCCUGCUUUGCCCUGGCCUAUGCUGUCAUCAUGCUUAAUACUGACCAGCACAACCACAACGUUCGCAAACAGAAUGCACCCAUGACCCUGGAGGAGUUUCGCAAAAACCUAAAAGGUGUGAACGGAGGCAAAGACUUUGAGCAAGACAUCCUGGAGGACAUGUACCAUGCCAUCAAGAAUGAGGAAAUUGUGAUGCCUGAGGAGCAGACUGGCUUGGUUCGGGAGAACUAUGUGUGGAAUGUGCUGCUUCAUCGAGGAGCCACCCCGGAGGGCAUAUUCCUGCGUUUGCCUGCUGGCAGCUAUGAUCUUGACCUCUUCACCAUGACCUGGGGCCCCACUAUUGCUGCUCUCUCUUAUGUCUUUGACAAAAGCCUUGAAGAGGCAAUCAUCCAGAAAGCCAUCUCAGGUUUCAGAAAGUGCGCCAUGAUCUCUGCCCACUAUGGACUCAGUGAUGUGUUUGACAAUCUCAUCAUCUCUCUGUGCAAAUUCACAGCUCUCAGCAGUGAGUCUAUUGAGAACCUGCCCAGUGUGUUUGGAAGCAACCCCAAAGCUCACAUUGCAGCCAAGACAGUAUUCCAUUUGGCCCAUCGUCAUGGUGACAUCUUGCGGGAGGGCUGGAAGAAUAUCAUGGAGGCUAUGCUGCAGCUCUUCCGAGCCCAACUGCUGCCCAAAGCUAUGGUGGAGGUAGAAGAUUUUGUGGAUCCAAAUGGCAAGAUUUCUCUGCAGCGGGAGGAGACACCAUCAAACCGAGGAGAGUCAACAGUGCUAAGCUUUGUGAGCUGGCUGACACUGAGUGGUCCUGAGCAGUCUAGUGUGCGGGGUCCAUCCACUGAGAACCAAGAGGCCAAGAGAGUGGCCUUGGAUUGUAUCAAGCAAUGUGACCCAGAAAAGAUGAUCACAGAAAGCAAAUUCCUCCAGCUGGAGUCACUGCAAGAGCUCAUGAAGGCUCUGGUCUCAGUGACACCAGAUGAAGAGACAUAUGACGAGGAGGAUGCUGCUUUCUGCCUGGAGAUGCUCCUGAGAAUUGUGCUAGAGAACAGGGACCGUGUGGGCUGUGUUUGGCAGACUGUCCGAGACCAUCUAUACCACCUGUGUGUCCAGGCACAGGAUUUCUGCUUCCUUGUGGAGAGGGCAGUCGUGGGGCUACUGCGUCUGGCUAUUCGGCUGCUCCGGAGAGAAGAGAUCAGUGGCCAGGUACUACUCUCCCUGCGCAUUUUGCUACUGAUGAAGCCCAGCGUGCUGUCCCGAGUCAGCCACCAGGUUGCCUUUGGGCUCCAUGAACUACUUAAGACCAACGCAGCCAACAUCCACUCAGGCGAUGACUGGGCUACCCUCUUCACACUACUGGAGUGCAUUGGCUCAGGUGUGAAACCUCCAGCUGCUCUGCAGGCCACAGCCAGGGCUGAUGCACCUGAUGCACCUGAUGCUGGAGCCCAGUCAGACAGUGAGCUCCCAUCCUACCAUCCAAAUGAUGUGAGCUUGGACCGAGGUUACACUUCUGACUCAGAGGUCUACACUGACCAUGGCAGACCUGGCAAGAUACACCGGUCAGCCACAGAUGCUGAUGUGGUCAACAGCGGUUGGUUGGUGGUGGGGAAGGACGACAUCGACAACUCCAAGCCAGGGCCAGGGCCCAGCCGACCAAGCCCUUCGCCCCUGGUCAAUCAGUACAGCCUUACAGUGGGACUGGACCUGGGGCCACACGACACUAAGUCCCUGCUUAAGUGUGUGGAAUCGCUGUCUUUCAUCGUGCGUGAUGCUGCCCAUAUCACACCCGACAACUUUGAGCUCUGCGUCAAGUCUCUCCGCAUUUUUGUGGAGGCCAGUCUGAAUGGCGGGUACAAGUCCCAGGAGAAACGGAACAAGAGUCACAAAUACGACAGCAAGGGUAACCGCUUCAAGAAGAAAUCCAAGGAGGGCUCAGUGCUUCGGCGGCCUCGAACCUCCAGCCAACAUGCCACUCGGGGCGGGCAUAGUGAUGACGAUGAGGAUGAAGGCGUGCCCGCCAGCUACCAUACGGUGUCUUUACAGGUCAGUCAGGAUUUGCUAGACCUGAUGCAUACCCUGCACACGCGAGCAGCCUCCAUCUACAGUUCAUGGGCGGAGGAGCAGCGGCACCUGGAGACAGGUGGCCGGAAGAUCGAAGCAGAUUCACGCACUCUCUGGGCCCACUGCUGGUGCCCUUUACUGCAGGGUAUUGCCUGCCUGUGCUGUGAUGCCCGGCGCCAGGUGCGGAUGCAGGCACUGACCUAUCUGCAGCGAGCGCUGCUGGUACCUGAUCUGCAAAAGCUAGACGCCCUAGAAUGGGAGUCCUGUUUUAACAAGCCUGGAUCAUACCAUCCCUCAUGCUCUCUACCCAUCCACCCCGGGGGAUAUUGGGUAUUUACCCACCAGGUGUUGUUUCCACUACUGACCAAGCUCUUGGAGAACAUCAGCCCUGCAGAUGUGGGUGGGAUGGAGGAGACCCGGAUGAGAGCCUCCACACUGCUCUCUAAGGUCUUCCUGCAGCACCUGUCUCCACUGCUGUCACUCUCUACCUUUGCGGCCCUCUGGCUGACCAUCCUGGACUUCAUGGACAAGUACAUGCAUGCAGGUUCCAGUGACUUACUGUCUGAGGCCAUCCCUGAGUCUCUGAAGAACAUGCUUCUGGUGAUGGACACAGCGGAGAUUUUCCACAGUGCAGAUGUGCGAGGAGGUGGCCCCUCAGCCCUCUGGGAGAUCACAUGGGAGCGCAUUGACUGUUUUCUGCCCCACCUACGAGAUGAGCUCUUCAAGCAGACUGUCAUUCAGGACCCCAUGCCCAUGGAGCCUCAUGCCCAAAAACCUCUGACCUCCACCCACCUGACUCCUGCUGCUGGUGACACAAGGACACCUGGCCAUCCACCUCCCCCAGAGAUGCCCUCUGAGCUGGGGGCCUGUGACUUUGAGAAGCCUGAGGGCCCCCGAGCCACCAACAGCAGCUCCCCUGGAUCACCAGUGGCCUCUAGUCCCAGCAGGCUGAGCCCUACCCCAGAUGGGCCUCCACCCCUGGCUCAGCCCCCACUGAUCUUGCAGCCCUUGGCCUCCCCACUGCAGGUGGGCGUGCCACCCAUGACUCUACCCAUCAUCCUCAACCCUGCACUCAUCGAGGCCACCUCCCCAGUGCCCCUCCUGGCCACACCUCGUCCCACAGACCCCAUGCCCACCUCCGAGGUCAACUAAGGCAGGUCCCUCAGAGAUCAGGACCAGUACUUCCUACCAGGCUAUCCCCAGCCCCCCUCUCUAGCUGUCCCAGGGGCCACAAACUCUUCAGGUCCAGCCUGAGCUGCUGUAGCUGCUUCUUGGAUGGGGAACUGAAAAAGAAAAAUUUAUAGUCCCUCCUGGGAAACACAGUUGGACUGUGGGACCUUCUUCCUUCUCUGCUCUCCAUUCCUGGGAUCCCCCCUGAGAACCCACUCAGGUACCACCUGCAGCUCCGCCUCCAUCCUGGCAGCUCUGGGCAGGCUUCACUGUGCCAACCCUGCAGUGCUAAUGUGUCACACCUGCCCAUGGAAAAGCAAUGAGAGCCAGGCCCAAACUGCACUUUGUUUCCCUCUCCCAUUCCCACUCCCAUCAACCCUGGGCCACCUCCUCCAGUUCUUCCUUUUCUAUUAAUUAGUUGGUCAGUUUGGAGAGUUGAUUGGCACCAUGGAGGGUAGGCAGGUGGGGCUGGACAGAGGGACUGCCCACAGGAGCAUGUACAUAUAGGAAAACAGGACAAAGUGGACUUUUUAUGAUGUAAUAAAUGUCUUAGUACCAACAUCAUUGCCUUUCCCUCCAGUGUCCUUCUUAAGCUUGUGGGUCAGGGCACCAUGUUAUUGGGAUACCCAGAGCUUGGACCUUGCAAGAACAGAAGUACAGUGAGACUGAGCCUACAAAUGGUCUGGCCCACAUGGCUCCUGGCCACCAGCCAGAUGCCAGGACAGGGAUCAGGAUUCCUUUGCCACUGCAGCCAUCCCCGACCAACACCACAACAGCGCACCCUUGUCACCAGGGUGCCAGGAGCUUGAGUAGUUAUCCUCUUUUAUAACUACUGCAAGGGAGAUAACCUGAGAAAACAUGCCUGGAAUCAAAGGCAAGAUGAGUCAGAUUGGAGCUGUGUUAUUCAGAAAUCUUGCCUAGAAUGUGCCUCAUGGCCCAGGAACAUAAAGGAGCCCAAUGGGACUUAAGAAAGGGGACCAUCUUGCCCACAGCUUGAUCAUGUUUCUGGCACAGGGCAUUUAUUUGGGCCCCACAUUGGGGAAGAGCAAUUUCUUCCUGCCCCAUAGCCUCCAUCCAACCCCAGUCAGUGCAGCGUGAUUGGAAGAUCCAUCCCCUUCUUUCCUUUUGGGUCAGGGUAAGACAGGUGGGAGUGUCCAUGGGAUAGGAAUGUGGCCCCUUCAAGGAGUGGGCAGCCCUGAGGUGCUGUGGGUGAGGCCAAAUGUGUAUAUAAAGCUUUCUCAAGUGAAGCAUCUAUAUCAUCUUGGCUUCCUCCUCCACCAUGGUCCUGUCACCCUCUUGGGAGGGUGGUAUCCUCUUGUACUACCAGCUGGCCUCCCUCAUGGAGAGUUAGGGGCACUCACUCUCUUCAUAGGGGCCCAGCUGGCCGGGUGACCGUAUAUCACCUUGGGCCUCUCUUUGCUCAGCACUUCCACAUGAAUGUUGCUGGGAAGCUGGACUUCUGUAAGCACCUUCCUCAGGUAUGGAAAGGGGAACCUCAGAAAUGGGAACAGCCCAAUCUGGAAAAAAGAGAUGAGACCAAAGCUCUUAGAUUAGUUUCUUCCUCUUCCAUUCUUCCUUCAAGUAGCCCAGACCAUGCUCAAUUUCCACACUAUCCAGAGGGACAGGUAGAAGAGGUAGGGGCUCUGUGUGUGUUGCAGAAAACUCUGUAUCUACAGUCAGGUGGACACUAGGGCUCUUUACCUCAGCUAUGGUAUCUCGGUUCUCCCAUUUAAGCUCCACAAGCUCUGCCUUUAGAAGCUUCCAUGUGUUUCCCUUUGAGGAGAAUACUGUCAGUUGCUGCAAAGAGGUGUGAAGUCCAGUGUACAAAGGAAUAUGAUGAGUCUGUGUCCUUGAAUUGGUCUGCAAAAAUUAGGAAAGAAGCUGGAGAGGUUGCAAACUAACCCCUCUCCCCACUGCAUAACAAAGAAAAACAUUUGCCGGAAGUCUUACUCUGUUAUAAAAAGAGCAACUGACACAUGCAUGACUUGUGUUGUUGACAGUGUUGUCUCUUAAAAGGCACAGGAAGCUGUAAGAGGAACUAAUACUCAGGCCUUAUUUCUGACCAAGGAAGAGUGGUUUGGUGAUGUGGAAGGACAAAAAAAUGCUUGGGAGAAAGUGACAGUGUAAUCUGGAGGGAAAUGCUGGUUUUAAUCAUAUCUCCUACCAGAAUUCUAAGAAAGCAGAUUCCAAAAAGUCCAGAGGAAACUGGAGAUGGUUCCAUGACCUAAGACUAUAACACAGACAACUGACAUUUUUAGAGCACCUAUUAUAUAUGUCAUUAUGAAGUGCAUCGAUCAAACAACCUUUAGAGGUUUUGUCUGGAUGACAAAACAGGUUGAAAGAGGUCAAGGCACUGGGAAGUGGGGACUCAAACCCAGCUGUCUCACUGCAAACCUCAUGGUUUUCCUAUGACACUGCUUUAAUUCAAAAGUAGUGGCGUUGGUGGUACAGAAAUCCUCCUAUGCUAAAUACAUUUUCUGUAGCUUCCAAUGAGAAAUAAAAGGUCAAGGCUCUGAAUAAACCAUUGGUUGUAUAGGCUGUUUAACCUAGUGAGCUCAGAAUUUAGUAGAAGUGGAUUAAAACUGGAAAGAGAUGCACAUAGCUAAGAAUAAAUGUGAAUUCUCUGAGCCUAUAAAAAUGAUAUCAGGACAAUGUUGUCUGUGGAGUGAAACAGUUUUAUUUCUUACUGACCAAUCUAUCUGCCUUUUUUAAGCCUUAUGGCACUGGUUAGGACUUUCAGUUUGUUGUAGAAUAGCAGUGAUGGGGGAAGAUAUUUACCUAAUUUUCAUCUUAGAGAGAAAGUAUCCAACUGAUCAACAUAAAAUAUAAUUUUACCUGUAGGUUUCUUGUAAGCAUCUUUUCAGGUGAGGAAGUUUCAUAAUAUACUUCACAUUUUUGUUAUUCCUGUACGUUGAAAAUUAUCAAGUAACUUUCUGCAUGUAUUUAGAUUAUCUUGUCUUUUUUCCCUUUUGAGACUAUUGAUAUUGUGAAUUAAACUGAUCGAUUUGAAAAUAUUGAACCAGCCUUGCAUUCCCACUGUAAACCUAAAUUGAUAUAUUUUAUCCUUUCUAGAUUAUAUAUAUUGGUAUAUUGAAAAAAAAGAUCAGUAAGGAUGAACUACAGAAUGAGCUACCACUAGCACAGGCUCAUUCCCAUGCACACACACGCACACACACACACAUACAAUGCUAGGAAAAAUUUUUAACGUGGUUAUUAGAGCCUGUGGAUAUUUACCUUUGUUCAGGGCUCACUGUUUGAGAGAAGAGUGGCCAUGAGAAAGCAAAACCACUCAGCCCCUGGGCUUCGGUUAGGAAGAAGGAGUUUUAGUUCAAGUAAACAACUGAUCAACCCCCUCCUUGAAAUAUUCUUCACUUGGCUUCUGAGACUUUCUCUUGGUUCUCUUCCAUCUCACUGGGCAUGCCUUUUCAGUUUCCUUUGUUGGCUCCUCCUCUCCACAGCCUCUGAAAUUAGAAUGCUCCAGGGCUCAUUCCUCAAAUCUUUUCUCUGUUAUACUCAUUCCCUGGGUGAUCUCCACUGGGAAGAUUUUAAACACCAUCCAUUACAGUAUUGUUACACCUAACUCUAAUUUUACAUCUCUAUCCUGACCCCUCCUCUCAACUCCAGACUGAUACAUCUACCUGCCCCUCAGCAUCUCCAUCUGCAUGCCUCAGAGGCAUCUUAAUAUAACAAACUUAAAAAGAAAAUUAUGGAUGGUGGUGAUAGCACAACAUUGUG